AUCAUUAUCAACUAUUUGGACUAUCAAUCACAAUAUUUUUUAUGGGCGUCCUCAAAGUUCUUCGCUCCCCGAUUACAUAGAAAUGUCAGUGAUGUUCUUCAACGCAAAUCAAGCCAUGUAUUAGACUAUAAGUACAUGUUUCUGAAGAAUAGUGGGCACAAUUCUAAUAAGCUGGAGGAUGCCUUUCUAAGUACCAUUUGCUCAACGGUACAACAUUUGGAACUGAAAUCAGUUACUAUGAAUCACUUGCAACACUUGAUGCAGCACAGCUUUCCAUGCAUUCGAUCGCUAGAAUACAGAUUGGAUAAAGUAGAUGGAUGUGAAUACAGUCGAGCUCUAAAGCUGCUAGUGGAUCGCUUUCCUGGAAUUACAUCGUUUAAGCCGUUUGGGCCAGUAAACUGUGGAAUAUUGGAAAAAUGGAAAUUCUUGGAGGAGCUGGAGUCAAAUAAGCGUAGGGUCUUGGAUAAGGGAGUAUCACUGCAUACAUUUCAGCAGUUGGAGCACCUAACAGUUAAUAUGCACUUCUUAAGGACCGCCUCCAUUGUUAGCGUCUUAAACUUGCCAAAGCUUCGUACGUUUAGUUUCUCGACUGAAAGUCCACAAAUUAGAGCUCUUUUACCUAAGAUUCUUAAACAGCGACCAGAGGACAUAUGUAAAUUGACCUUCAGAUUUAUCGACUGGACUUGGUCGCUGGAAUCACUGCUAUUGCUGAAAAACUUGCGCCAGUUGACGUUAAUAGAAGAUUUCUUUAAAAGAGGACACUUUCAAAGGUUGGUGAGUAACCUGCCAGUAUUGGAACAAGUGAACAUGAUUGGAGGCCAGUUUUGGCACUACGAAAUGGACCUCUGGGAAGCAGUCGCUAGCUGCAGCUCCCUCAAAGUUUUAAAUUUUUCUAACACGCUGAUUGAGGAUGACUUUUAUGAUUCGAACAGAUACUACAUGUACCAGGCAUUGAACAAUCGCUCACAGCCCCUUUUGAUGCAUUGUUAUAAUACUGGCCAGGACUUACGUGAUCCUGCCUAAUAUCACUAUCUGAUCAGUAAACAUUUCAAUCAUCCAAACUUGAUAGUCUCGUUUGAGAAACUACCAGUGGAGGAAAUUCCUUUCCAAUAUACAAAAAUAGAGUUUGCACAAAUUUAAUUGGCCUAUGAAACCUCUUUACAACAUAUAAAUGCUUUUAAGAUAAAGAAAACAGAUGAACUGGACCAUGAAAUCUAAGCUUUCGUAUUUACAUUAUGAUCGUUAA